AUGGCUGAUCAGAAUGAUGGUAUGGAUCAAUCUGAACUCACCAAGCAUGACAUGGGUUGGCGAAAAUUAGUUCGUCACUUCACUCCAUCGUGGUUUUCGGUUACCAUGGGCACUGGGAUUGUGUCUGUUCUGCUUAACACACUCCCUUAUAACGGCCAAUGGCUUUAUUGGAUCUCUGUUGUCUGCUUCGCUUUCAACGUCCUGCUCUUCAUGACAGGGUGUAUCAUCACUUUCCUCUGCUACACGCUGUAUCCGGAAAUCUUCUUCGCCAUGAUCAAACACCCAGUUCAAUCCAUGUUCAUAGGGACGUUCCCCAUGGGGUUCGCGACCAUCAUCAAUAUGUUUUGUUUCGUCUGUGUCCCAGCCUGGGGUGACUGGACCCGAAAUUUUGUGUGGGGGAUGUGGAUCUUCGAUGCUGUAUUCUCUGUCGUAACCGCCCUCUCCUUACCCUUCUUACUGAUGGCCCAUGGAAGCGAAACUCAGCUCUCAUCCAUGACAGCCGUAUGGCUCCUCCCCAUUGUCAGUUGCAUCGUCGCAGCCUCGUCUGGUGCCAUCGUGGCCGAUGUGCUCCCCAAUCCACAGCACGCCCUCUGGACCGUGCUUGUAAGCUACAUACUCUGGGGGAUUGGAUUACCUCUCGCUUUGAUGGUCAUGGUGAUAUACCUACAGCGAUUGACGCUGCACAAAUUGCCCCCCAAAGCGGUGAUCGUGAGCGUGUUUCUCCCUUUAGGGCCCCUCGGCCAAGGCGGAUUCGGUGCUAUGAAGUUGGGUCAGGCGGCACAGGAGAUCUUUCCCCAAACGCAGACCCUUGAGGCUUCAUCCGGACCGGCUUUCUAUACUAUGGGUUUCAUGGUCGCCCUGAUCCUCUGGUCCUUUGGCUUGGUUUGGCUCUUCUUCGCAUUAGCAUCGAUUGCAAGGAGUAAGAGCUUUCCUUUUAAUAUUGGCUGGUGGGGGUUUACGUUCCCUCUGGGCGUGUACGCCACCAGCACGUGUCAGAUAGGCAGGGAGCUGCCAUCGGAAUUUUUCCGAGUAUUUGGAACAAUUCUCUCAUUUUGCGUGGUGGCAUUGUGGAUUGUGGUGAGCAUCGGGACAUUGCGGGGGGUGCUGUCAGGGCGAUUGUUUUUUGCACCAUGUCUGGCGGAUUUGAAGGGAAGAGAGAACGAGAGUAAGGAUGCUAUGAAGGCAGCCUGA